AUGGCCUGGCUGCUCUACAUCGCCUGCAUCCUGGUCUGGAGCCCAGAGCUGCUGCUGGGCCAAGCCUCAGGUCCUGGCAGCUGUGCGGUAAGGUUCAGGCAGCUCCUACGUUCCCCUGGCUCUUCUUCCCCUCCUCAGUGUGCUGAAGAUGGCAGCUUCCUCCCUGUUCAGUGUAAAUUCAUCAACACGACCAGCCAAACAGAAAUGGAGCUGCUAACCACCUACAACAGAUUUCCUGAAGCCUUCGAGACAUUCAGUAACUUCAGGAGAUUUUUCCCACUCGUUUCCUCGUACUGCUUUUGUUCAGACGGUCAGGGCGGAGAGCUCCAGAACACAGGUGUGGUGCUGCUCCUCUCUGAAGUCUACGACUCAGCCUUCUCUGGUCUUGGUUCUGGUUCCUCCUUCUCUCAGAGCAGCAUCUACAGAAUCCUGCAGCGGAGGAUGCUGGGAGUUCGGCUCGCCACCACCGGAGCCUUCAGAUGUCCGUCUCCCUGUGAGGAGCAGCGUCGGGCAGCCAUGGAGUCCAGAAGUGUUUUCAUCCCAUCCUGUGAACCUGGAGGAUCGUUCAGCUCCAGACAGUGUCAGCGGGGGGGCCAGUGCUGGUGCGUGGACCCCACAGGAAGAGAGCUUCCUGGGACUCGUCAGCUUGGAGAGGCCCUGGUCUGCGGUUCUGGUCCAGAUGACUGUCUGUCUCAGCGCCAUCUGGCUCUGUCCCGGCUCUUCUCUGGUCCUGUACGUGCUCCUACCCAGUCCCUCUCUGGAUCUUCACGUUCCUGCCUGCCCCUCCUCCGUCCUCUCAGGAACCUGUUACCGCUGGAGGUGGAUCUGACCUCCUUCCUGUCUCGGCUGAACGAAGUUCUCCAUGGUCUCUUUCCCUCGGUGGGCGAAGCUCUGCAGGCUCUGGCUCUGUCUUCGCCCCGUCGCCUCCAGGAGAACCUGUUUGGAGGGAAGUUCUUGAAGAAUGCAGCAACAUUCAACCUCAGCGGGGUGCUGGGAGCUCUGGGAUCUCUGGAUUAUGAUCAACUGACCUCUCAGAGCAUUAGUCUGCUGAAGAAUCGGGAUCUAGUCCAGUCUGUCAGCCAAGCCCUCGAGGACCCGGCCUUUCUGUCCGCUCUCCAACAAACACUGAUGAGUCUGAGCAGCCCCCCCUCAGCAUCACUGGAUCAGGUUCUGAAUCCUCUCCUGCGUUCUUGCUCUGAUGAAGAUGAUGAUGUGGCGGACUUGUUCGUGCCUCGCUGCACGGCCAGCGGCGGUUUCCAAGAGGUCCAGUGUCGAGGUUCUGAGUGUUGGUGCGUUGACCCCGAUGGUCAGGAGGUGAUCGGAUCUCGAACCUCCAGUCGUCCUUCUCGCUGCCCAUCCCGCUGUGAGAGAGCGCGGGCGAUGGCCAUGAAAACAAUAUCCAACAUGGCUGCUGGUGCUGAGCUUCAUAUCCCAGCAUGCUCGGAGAAUGGAGACUUCCUGCCGCUGCAGUGCAUCGCAUCACGCUGCUUCUGCGUGGACGCUGAAGGGAGGACUACCGCGGGUCCAGUAGGGGGUGCUGUCACAUGUCCAGAGAAGAAAACGACGUCUGAAGGUCGGUGCUCUGAGAAGCUUGCUGAGGUCACAGCAUUCCGACAGGAAGUGGAGCGCAUCAUCACGCUGUCUAACUCAUCCCACUCCCCCCUGGGUUAUGGAUUCCUAUUGGCUGAAGGUUUGAAUCUGACACCUGAAGAGCUGCAGAUCAGCCAAUCAGAGGAAGAGCUGCAGGUGACUGAGAAGCUGCUGAGUCGCUCCAACUCUGCUCUACAAUUGGCUGCUUUCUCCACUGUUCAGAUGCUGCUUCCUCCUCAUCGUCGCUCCUAUCAGCCAUUCACGCCACAGUGUGAUGCUGAUGGGAACUGGAGGCUGACUCAGUGUUACCACAGCACAGGUCAGUGUUGGUGUGUCAAUGAUGAUGGAGAAUAUGUCCCUGAUUCUCUAACCAGCCGCUCUCUUAACCUGCCUAAAUGUCUGACACGCUGUCAGAGAGCUGAGGCAAACUCUCUGCUCUAUGAUUGGAUGAAGGGCUCUGACAUCACCAGCACCUUACCUUACUACCCACAGUGUGAGCAGGAUGGUCGUUUCUCAGUGCUGCAGACAGGAGGUGCUGCAGGCUGGUGUGUCAACCCGCUGACUGGAGAGCCGGUCCAAACAGCAACUCGGAGUUCUACAGGACAGCUGACGUGUCCGAGUUGGUGUGAGUUGCAGGGUCUUCAGUGUCGUCCAGAUGGCUCCUUCGCACCACUUCAGUGUGAUGUCACCUCCUGCUGGUGUGUGUCUGAAGAUGGACAGGAAGUGGGAGGAACACAAAAAAUUCGGCAGACUGGACGCACGCCAUCAUGUGACCGUCCUCUUUGUCCUGAACCCACCAUUACCCAUGGUGCACUAGUCUGCCAACCAGCAACUGAUGGACGUCAGAGCUGUGACCUGGUUUGUUACCAUGGUUACCAGAAUGCAUUUCCUUCGAGCAGGUUCCUGUGUGAGACUGCGAGUGGUGGGUGGGGCGAAGACAAUAAGCCACUGAGUGGAGCCUGCCAGAUGUCCCAGCCUCUGCAAUUGGUGUCGUCUUCUCAGCUCUGGUCAGUAUCGUUAUCAUCGCCCUGCUCUCAGAUCAGUUUAAUCGCUCUACAGAAUCAGCUGUUCAUCAUGAUGACCAGCAGGGGGCUCUGCUACGCUCAGCUUCCCUCAUCGGGCAGGUCCGUGUCGCUCUGUGACGACUCGUCUGUGAGUCUUCGAUGUGACAGUGAUGCCUCUCUGAGGUUAAACCUCAGAUGGACCACCUCCCUCUCUGACCUCCCGACCUCUGACCUCCCUGACCUUCAUGAUGUCGCGCUGUUCCUGAAUGAAUCCAAACUUCUGGAAGGAGUGCAGGAACUUUUUGGUAAUCUCCGCUCCUCGUUGGCCUUUGAACCCAAACUGGUUUCUAUGACAGCAUCAAGAUUUGGCUGUCACCGUGGUUACCACCUGGACAGUGACGGUGAUGGCUGUGUCAUUUGUCCUGCUGGCAGUUUCUACCAAGAGGAGGCAUGUAUUCCCUGUCCUCAGGGAACCUAUCAGGAAGAACAGGGGCGGGACUUCUGCAACAGGUGUCCUAGAGGAAAAUCACCUGCUGGAGCAUCAUCUGUCUAUCAGUGUGAGACAGACUGUCAGAGGCGGGGUCUAAGGUGUUCACAGCAGGGUGACUUCCUGCCAGCUCAGCCUGACAUCCUGUUGGGCAGGUGGAAGUGUUUCAGCAGCGAGGGGGCGGAGCUUGAGUGGACCGCCAGUGAAAAGCCUCUAACAGACGAUGAAUGCGCUGUUCUCAGCAGGUUUCAGGCUGUUCUUGGAUCAGAUCUGAUACUCGGCGCUGAAGACGCAGAGGUCAUUCAGACGAUGACUUCUGACCUUAAAGCCUGUGUUCAAGCGUGUGCAGCAGAGCCCUCCUGCCACCAUGUGGCAUUGUUCAACACACAGACCCAGUGUGAACUGUACAGCACACACACACUUAACACACAGUGCAGUGCCUCCCAGAAGCCCGGCAGGUUUCUGGGUAAUCCUCAGGCCGAGCAGUCUGAUCAGCUGACGUGCUUACUGAGAGUGAAGGGCGGGGCUUCAGAUCUGAUCGUCCUCAGGAAGAAAGGGGCGGAGUUUUCAUCUCAGCAGCAACAGAAGAGUUUUGUGAGGAUAAGGAUGAAGAAGGCCGUCUCAGGUGUGUUCAGAAGUCAGGUGUUCUCUUCCAAGGAGACGUCUCUGUCAGACGCUCAUCGUUUCUGUCAGGACGGCUGUAGCCGUGACGCCUGCUGCAGUGGGUUUGUCCUCAACCAGAUCAACCUGGAUGGAGGUUAUUUGUUCUGUGGUUGGCUGAAAGCUCCAUCCGUCCUGAUGUGUGAAGAGCAGGACUGGGAUGUGAUUGGACAAGGGUCAGCCAACCGAGUGUGUGGGGCGGGGCUCAGCUUCGACGAGCAGCAGCGCAGCCUCCAGCUGGACUUUGGGGGACAGAAGUUUACAAUCACUGAUUCUGGUCUAGCUGACGUGGAGAAUAGAACCGACAACCAGCUCUCCAUCACCAGCUUCCAGGCCAUCUACCUGAAUACAGAUGCAACAGCCAGUGGUUCUGGAUCUUCCUGUGCUGCAGCAGACUCGAUUCCUCCUCUGAACGCGUCGGUCCGGAUGAAGUUUGAGGCUCUGUCCAACAACGACGUUCUUGUGGAUCCUCAAAGCAAAAUUCCCGUUCUCUCCUUCUGGCUCAAUAAGAAAAACUACAACUCCCAGCAGGCACUGCUGUGGUGUCUCACACGUUGUGAUGAAGAGCAGCAGUGUUCCACCUCCGAACUCAGAGACUCAGAACCAGCAGGGUUCUAUAGCUGUUCGCUUUAUCCCAACACCAGAGUGUGUGGAGCCUACAGCAAACUAUCACAACAAUCCUGCCUCCUCCUGCUGCAGCGAGAGCCCAACAGCACCUACAGCAAGAGGGUGGAUCUGACUGGACCUGUGAAGAGUUUCUAUCAGAGAGUUUCCUUCCAGAAGUUGGUUUCUUAUUCUGUCAGAAGCUGGAUCUCCCUGGGAGAAAACACACAACUCUCUGAGGGUUUUAGGGGUUGUGAGCGGCGCUGUGAUGAGGAUCCUUGUUGCCGUGGUUUCGGUUUUGUCCGUAACAACAGAACAGAAGAGGUGGUGUGUCUGCCUCUGAUCAGCCUCGGCAUCCAGACCUGCAGCCAAGGCGACAUGACGACCUGGAGGACUUCGGACUGCAGACCUUCUAAAGUGAAGGCCACACCAGAACCGUUUGGCUGGUACCAGAAACCCGUGAAUCUGUGGAGUCCGUCUUCAGGUCUGUGUCCUCGGUUCAACCUGCCAAAGAACAACGUGUCGAUGGACCAGUGGCACAGCAUCUCAGACUCAUCAGUCCUGAUUGACCCGUCUCUUACUACGUAUGAUGUCAUCCAUCUGAGCCACGAUCUCACCACAGACCAGAACCAGACCAGGGACUGGUGUCUCCAUGCCUGCCAGGAGGCGGAGACUUGUGCCGCCGUAUCACUCAGGCAAACGGAGUCCGCCGUUCGCUGCAUCCUCUACCCUGAUACUGUCACCUGUGGGUUAAGCUCCGCCUCCAGCCCCACUGUCUCCUGUCGACUCAUCAUCAGAGAGUCUGCUCCCCAGGUGUACCUGAGAACAGAGUGGCUUCCAUCAGCGACGUCUAUCUCCAUCCCGGGUCAUGGGACUCUGCAGGGGGUUGCCAUGGAAACAGCCAUAGGAUCAGACACAAGGACUGUGAUUCAGUUUCUGGGAGUCCCAUACGCCCGUCCACCCAUAGGGUCGCUCCGCUUUGAGGUGGCGCAGCCGGCUGAUUGGAUGGGAGACUGGGACGCCACCCGACCUCGUUCGAGCUGCGUUCAGCCAGGCGACGUCGACUCUGCAGCCUCCAGUGAGGAUUGUCUCUACCUCAACAUCUUUAGUCCUGCUGCUGUGAGGGAGCGCAUUCCUGUCCUUGUUUUCUUCUUCAACCCUUCAGCCAAUCAAAGCCCUGGACUGUUGGAUGCCUCCGCCCUUGCUGCUAUGGGUAACAUCAUCGUGGUAACAGCCAGCUACCGGACUGCAGCACUGGGCUUUCUGAGCACAGGUGGUCUCCGUGGUAACUACGGCCUGUCGGACCAGGAGGCGGUGCUCCAUUGGGUCAACGCCCACAUCUAUCUGGUGGGCGGAGACAAAAGUAGAGUAACAGUGGGGGCAGAGCGUCAUGGUGCGGAUGUGGCCAGCCUUCAUCUCCUCUCCUCCUCUCCUCUGUUUCAGAGGAUGAUCCUGAUGGGCGGUUCUGUGUUUUCUCCCUCGCUGGUCCAUACAAACUCGUCAUCUAAACGUCAGGCGGUUGAUCUAGCCCGAGAACUUGGCUGUGUCACCUCUGACCUCACUGAUGACGGCCAGAUGGUGUCCUGUCUCAGAUCCGUCCCUGUUGACAAGCUGAACGCCGCUCAGACCAAACUGCUAGCGGUCAGCGGCCCGUUUCAGUCCUGGUCUCCAGUCCGGGAGUCCCAGUCCCAGUCCUUCCACAGGGUUGAUCUCCUGCUGGGAACUUCAGUGAAUGAUGGUCUGAUCAGCCGAGCUCGCAGGAUAAAGGACUUCGAGGCUCUCCAGGGCCGCGCCAACAGUAAGACGGCAUUUUACGAGGCUCUGAGCCGCUCACUGGGUGGAGCCUCAGGAAACGAGCUGCUGAAGGAUGCAGCGACCUGGUUCUACUCUCUGGACCACAGUCCAACCGCAGCCGGUUACAACCUGUUCUCCAGAGCGCUCAACAACGCCACCAGAGAUCUGUUUAUCAUCUGUCCCACUGUGAAGAUGGCCACCCACUGGGCCAACAGCAAUGCCAAUGUCUUCCUGUAUCACCAGCCAGCUUCCAGUGCCAACAACAGGGCUGAUAAUUCGGUUCCUCUUGACGUUCAGUUCCUGUUUGGGUUUCCUCUCCAUCCAAUGAGCUCUCAGCGCUUCUCCUCCUCCGACCGACGCCUCUCACUCGCCGUGAUGACCUACGUCUCCAGCUUCGUACGGACCGGGAACCCAAACCCAUCUCGGGUGUGGGCGGAGUCAGUUCUUCCCCGCUGGCAGCCAGUCCUGUCAUCUGAGGCCACACCCACCUACCUGGAGCUAAGCCCCACCCUCCAGCAUCAGCAGGGCCUGAGUCAGAGUGCUUGCUCAUUCUGGGAUCAGCUGGGAAGCAGACUGGCCAGUAAAACGGGUGCCUUGGGGGCGGAGCCUGUGCAGCUCCCACUGAAAUCUCCAACUGAGAAAGACGCCUACAAUUAGAAGGAUGACAUCACUGAUUCAUUGCCCAUAAUUCAGUUUGAUUAAUAAAUUCUGCUGAUUGAUUCUGUCUCUAAUCAUAAAUAAAAACAUCUAAAGCUCA